UUCCAAACUACCCCCAGCCCUCAGGAGCUCCAGAUCGAAGCCAUGGACCGGGGCUCGAGCUCCUCCCGUGGCAGAGGCUGGCAAGGACGGGGACACCACGGUGGCGGUCGUGGUGGCGGAGGCUGGCAAGGAUAUGGACGCGGACGCCAUGGUGGCGGAGGGGGUGGCAGAGGCCGCUCCUCCCCACCAACUCCUUCCUCCACCGCCUACCGUGCGGCGGUCAACCCAACUCCGGCACCGGCCUGUACCGUGGACGACGCAGCGCCGAUUGUGGGAACCUGCCCUGACAUGUGCCCUGCGAGGGAACGAGCGCAGAGGGAACGGCUGAGGGACCUGGCCGUGCUUGAGCGGGUGGGCGGUGAUCCCACACGGACGUCUUCUUCCCUCGCCGUCAAAAAGUUCUGCAGAACUAUAUCUUCCACAAAUGUAAUGGCUUCAGAUAUACGUCCUCUGCCGGUUUUGCGAGAAACAAUGGAUUAUCUUUUGCAUUUAUUGGAUUCUUCAGAGCAUCCGUUUGAGACAAUCCAUGAUUUUAUCUUUGAUAGAACAAGGUCUAUAAGACAAGACCUCAGUAUGCAGAAUGUAGUGAAUCAUCAAGCAAUUCAAAUAUAUGAGGACGUGGUAACAUUUCAUAUUAGGUCCCAUCAAAGACUUGCUAGGUCUUGUCAGGAUUCAGAUGCAUCUUCAUUGUGUUUCCUAAACAUGGAGCAACUAACAAAAUGCCUGCUUUCUCUGUUUGAUAUGUAUCAUGCAAUCCAUGAGAGUGAUUCCCACAGCAAAAGAGAGGCCGAAUAUUAUUCCUUCUAUGUGCUUCUACAUUUGGGCUGCAAGAUACCGAAAAUGGUAGAUUCACUCUCUUUGUGGUAUAGCCAAUUACCUCCUCAAGUUAGACAGUCAAAGGAAAUGUUAUUGGCGAGAAAUUUAUUAAGAUGCUACCACCUAGGAAACUUCAAGCGCUUCUUUUGCAUGAUAGCAGCUGAAGCAACAGAUCUUCAGUUGCGCCUUGUUGAGCCGUUUCUCAAUGAGGUCCGAGCUAGAGCCUUAAUGUACUUCAACCAUAGCGGCUACAAACUCCAACACCACCCUUUGGAGCAUUUGUCAGAAAUCCUGAUGAUCGAGGAGUCGGAACUGGAAACUCUCUGCAGAAUAUGUGGACUUGAAAUCAGGACAAGCGAAGGUAUGAAAGCUUUUGUGCCUAAACAGACAAGCUUCAGCCUACCGACAUCCAUGCCCCAAAGUAACGGCAUUUACAUCUCAAGGGAUGAAAAGAGCAUUGUAAUUCAGGUUAAUGGAUUGUAGAAUGUAUCAGGAAAGAACUUGUCUGAUGUUACAUGUUAAACAUUUCUCCACGACCCACACGAAUACUUGCUACUGUAACAAGAAAAAGUGUCAACUAUGUUGUGUACAAUAACAAAUUUGUACACGGUUCAGAUGGUGUGACAACAACAACAAAAAAAGUUGUCCAAUCUUCGUACGUA